AUGCAACACAUCACAGACCACCUGGACCCUCACCACAACCACACUACCGGUAAGCCCAUGUCUCCCUCUGAGGCAGGCGCCCAGAAGCAAGGCAGCAUCAAGCUGAGCCUGGUGAACUCUGACCUCUGGAAGGCCUUCCACUCCUCCGGCACUGAGAUGGUCAUCACCAAGCACGGAAGGAGAAUGUUUCCCCACUGCAACAUAAGCCUCUCUGGAAUGGACCCCUUCACCAACUACGUCAUAAUGAUGGACAUGGUUCCUGUUGACCAAUUCAAAUACAGGUGGAACAAGGAGGAGUGGGAAGUGGCGGGAAAGGCCGAGCCACAACCCCCGGCCCACCAGUACAUCCAUCCAGACUCCCCCGCCUGCGGCAGCCACUGGAUGAAGCAGUCCAUCUCCUUCCUCAAGGCCAAGCUCACCAACAACACCCUGGACCAGCACGGCCAUAUCAUCCUGCACUCCAUGCACCGAUACUUCCCCCGAUUCUACGUGGUCCAGGCGGACAGCGUCUUCGCGGUCCGCUGGAGCCCCUACCACACCGUCACCUUCCCAGAGACCCACUUCACCACCGUCACCGCCUAUCAGAACACCAAGAUAACAAAACUGAAAAUCAACCACAACCCGUUUGCUAAAGGAUUCCGAGAGGGUGGACAUCAUUUUCACGGCAAACGGUGUCGACCUAUCAAGACCCAAACAACCGCAGAAGAGACCAGACGGAUGUACCGAGAUGUUGAGUGCAAAAGUCCUUCAGGCCACCAGGGGUCAAUGUCGGCCAUAAAGUCAGAGAAGCGCCGCUGUCCCAACGGUCACUAUUCCUCGUUGUUGGACCAGGACCCCGCCGCAGAGAUCCUCCAAAACGACGCCCUGGACCUCUCAGUGCAGGGCCACGGAUGUGAGGAGCAGAUGGUGCCAGCCUCCAUGGCCUACCCGGCCUACAGAUUGGCAGAGCUUAGACCUCUAUCACCGCACUCUGACAGCGACAACCGGCUACGCAGCUACGAAGCCCACGUACCCGACAUUGCCGCCGUACACCACAACAACCCGUCCCAUCGAGAAAUGAGCCAGCACCACCAUCAGCACCACCCCUCUGCCCACCACCACCUAUCGGCACCCCCUUGCUACGAGUCGUGGCCACACACCGGUAGCACCGUAGCCGGCGGCGCGGCUAAAGCUAACCCGGGGCUCCGUGCGGGCUACCCGCACUACCAGCCGGGGCCGUAUCCGGGGGAGCACCCGGAGGUAGAGCCCGGGAGGCAGUUCAUGGUGAACUCCUUCGCCCCCUCCUCCUCCUCUGCUGCUGCGGCCUUCCACCCCUCGGCUCAACACCAAGGCGCCCACCAGCCCGGUUACCACCAUCACCAUGGCAACACGGUGGAGUGGAGCCAGUAUCCGCUCUUUUCCUACUCCAGCUGGUGA